AUGGUUGGAACUCUUACUCUCGGCGACUUCUGCUGCCUUCAGGCUGCUGGCUUUAUUGGGCUUCCCGACUACGCUCCCGACCAUAUUGACAAUCACGUUCUUUCCGGACUUGAUGCUACGUUCCGAUCUCUUGUGGAAAGUCCCUUCGACUGGCACGCAAUCGGGAACAUAGCAUUUCAUAUUGUCACGAACGACACCUUCAUGGAAUCCUUGAAUACUUGGAUAGUCGAACAAGGCGGAGAAGUUCAGCUCCCCCCUUGGUUAGAAGAAUUCCGAGAAUGGCAGUACGCUCCUGAAGAGGCGUUGAGCAUAAGCUCUCAAGAUCCUUCCCUUCGACGUCGCUUGAUUACUGCCGGCCUUUGGAACGAUCAGUCUCUUUUGGACGAGCGUGAGUCCAAAUGGACUUCAAAUGGAUGGAUGUCCUCGUCCCUCGGUCACUUUAUCGACCUCGGCAUUGCCUAUCAACCCGAGGUUCGUCUUGCCGAAUGGCUUGCCAAACACCCGGAAGUUGAAUGCUUCCCUCGGGCUUGGUGCAUGUCUGAGGAUGAGGACCGGUCUUUAAAUCCUCAAGCUUUCCUUGACAUCGAGGCCGAAGAGGACUUUGAAAUGCAAGACGACAAAGAGGAACCCGAAGAAUUUGAAGACGAAGGCGAAGAAGUCGAGUCCAAUCCCGAAAUCCUGGUCGAGGGUUCCGUUGGCACAGACGAAUGGUACUUGAAUUCUCGAGGCCAAUUCUUCAUGAGCGGCAAGAUCUUUCCCGAGACGAAUUCCGGUGAUGAUCGUUGCCUUCAAUGCCGAAAGUUAGGCUUUACCGAGUGUAUCCGUCAGUUCAGCGGGUCGUCCUGCUUGAACUGUCGCGAUCGAAAGGUCAAAUGCAACUUGUCCGGUGGCGUUCCUGGCUCCAGGUACCACUACAUCUUCAAGGAGUGUAAGCAGGUCGGUUUCGACUUACUUCACAACAGAUUCGUUGAUCCUCCUUCCGUGGACAUCCCAGCGACUCCCGAAUCGAUCACUUCAGCGCUACCACCUCCUUCUACAGCGACUGGGACGUCUCGGUCUUCGCGUCGUAACUUGAUUAACGAAGUAGGAGUUGCCGAUGCCGACAUCCCUGUCGUACUCAGUAUGCUUCGUCAACAACUGACGGCACAACCUGAUGCUUCAAGUAGUGGGGCUGGGCCAGGACCGUCGUCGCAACAGCACGUCAAUCUUCAAAUUCUUAACGUGCUUGAGCGUAUCAAUAAUCGCCUUGAUUGCAUGGACGAAGAUAUACCCGUACGUCGCUCGGUAAAGAAAAACAAAAGUCGAGGCAAGUCGAAGGGUACUGGAAAGGGAAAGGGGCGUGCUCGUGAUGACAUGGAGGACGAUGCUGACGAGUAA